AUGGGUGAUGCCACGAUUGAGGGUUCCGCCUGGCGCCUCGUUGAGGUUGGCCGUGUCGUUGUGAUCAACGGCGACCACCCCGACGCCGGCAGGCUUGCCGCCAUUGUCGAGAUCAUCGACCACAAGCGCGUGCUCGUCGAGGGUCCUUCAUCCAACCCCGAGCUUGCCAGCCGCCGACAGCCCCUCCGCCUCUCGCGGGCUCUCCUUUCGCCUCUCGUCGUCGAGGGCCUCGAGCGCGGCGCCCGCCACGCUACCCUCAAGCAGCGCUGGGAGAAAUCCGAGAUCGACUCGAAGUGGGAGCAGACCAACUGGGCCAAGAAGCGUGAGCAGAAGUCGAGGCGGGACAACCUUACCGACUUUGAGCGCUUCAAGGUCCUCCGCCUCAAGAAGCAGCGCCGCUUCGAGGAGCGCAAGGCGCUGGCCAAGGUCAAGGCCUCGGCGUAA